AUGGGCGACUUCAACCCCGUUCUUCGAGGCCUAAGUGCCUACUUCCGGCUGACCAACUACGGCGACCGGAUGGUAGCCGGCUGCAAGGUGCCCGAAUCAGUGGUUUCGGAAAUGCUCGACAGCCCUGCCGACAACGCCUACACGUGGGGCGGCGAGCGGCGGCCGGUAACGCGGCUGGAGGAGAUGCUGCGCGAAAUGAACAUCACCACGAGCGGUCUGCUGGCCGGAGUGCAGCACCACCUGACCGUCGUGUGCCACUACCCGGUCAUCGACGAUCCCUACGAGGUGGGGAAGAUCAUCUGCGCGGACGCGAUCGCCGACCUCUACGCCAUGGGCAUCACCGAGUGCGACAAAAUGCUGAUGCUGGCCUGCAGGCCUCGCCGGAUGUGCAUGAGCGAGUUCAAAGUGGUGUACUCCAUGAUGGAGGAGGGCUUCAAGCAGUGCUUCCAGGCCACCGGCGGGAGGGAGACCUGGGCCCAGUGCAUGCACAGCGACUGGUUCAUCGCCGGCGGCCUGGCCUCCUCCCACUGGGAGAAGAGCCGGCUGCUGGCGCGCGACAACGCCGUGGACGGCGAUGUCCUGGUGCUGACCAAGCCCCUGGGCACCCAGAUGGCCAUCGAUGCCUACGGGUGCAUCGGUCAGCCGCAGGCCUGGGAGCGCUACAAUCCGUUCGUCACCGAAGAGGACCUCCGUGUGGCCUAUCGGCUGGCUGUCAAGUCGAUGACUCGCCUCAACCGCAAGGCCGCCAGUCUCAUGCACUUGCACAACGCCCACGGGGCCUUGGCCGUGUCCGGGCGGGGCAUCCUGGCCCAUGCCAGGACCCUGGCUCUCCUCCAACAGCAGCCGCUGUCCUUUGUCAUCAACAUCCUGCCGGUGAUCGGCAAGCUGGCGACUGUACCUUGCUGCCAGAGCCGCCUGCGUCGCGGUGUUAGCCACGAGAUCUCCGGUGGCCUGCUCAUCUGCAUGCCCCGCGAGGAUGCCGCUUCCUUUUGCCGCCUCCUCGAGGCCCAGGAUGGUCACCCGGCCUGGAUCAUCGGCACUGUCCAGAGCGGCCAGCGGGAUGCCAUCGUCUGCGAGAAUGCUCAAAUCAUCGAGGUCUCCGAGUGA